AUGAGCCUGUGAAAAUUUCCUGAUGACCCUUGAAGUCGCCCACAGCUGGAAGGAGGACGGCGGCUGCAGCAAAAACAGACAUCUUCAUCAUCAUGGCAGCACCAGGAAACACGGCCAAUGGGGUGCUUCUGUUCAUGCCCCCAAACAGUGCUGGCAUCAUCCACCAAGACCAAGGAGUCUCCGGUGCCAUUUCCCAGAAUCCUGAGAUGAUGCAAUGUGGGCCUCAGCAGUUCACAGUCAUGAACCCUGGGAACCAACCUCUUGGGUCAAUGUACCCCGGGAGUCCCGCUGAACAGGUUGCGCAGCUAAGGAAAGUAGGGAUGAUGGAGAUAUUCCUCAAAGCACAGCCCAAGACCCUGGGGGCCAUCCAGAUCUUGAUUGGGCUGAUACACAUCGGCUUUGGAGGUGUCUCUACAAUUUUCAUUAAAUACAUUUACGUCUCUGGCAUCGUGGGGUACCCGUUCUGGGGAGGAAUUUUUGUGAGAAGCAGCCGGGGAAUGAACAGGACUAGCGCCCUCUUCUCAGCGAUUGGGAUCAUUCUCUUUCUAACGGAGCUGAUUUUUAAUGCGUCACAUUAUGACCACAAGGAUGAGGAAUACUAUUGGUUGAAUGCUGGGAAGGGGAUCACAGUCAUGCUGCUCUUGUUGUCCAUCCUGGAGUUCUCCAUCGCUGUCUCAACCUCGUACUUUGCAUCCCAAGCCAUCUGCUAUACUCCCAACACCGCCAUGUUGUUCAGGCCAUAUGCUGCCAAUGAAAACUUUGGGGUUCCCGCCGCACCAAUGCCCCCUCCACCACCUUACACCAAUGAGGCUUAUGACCCCAAAGAAGAGACUGAGCAAUGGGCCUCAUAAGGAACUCCUACAAGAGAUGGCUCCAGCAGCGGCUUCUCUGAGAAGUAAAAUCCAACCCCGUCCUGCAUCAUAGAUCUCAUUCCAUUUUCUGAGUGCAGUUCUAGUACCCAGCUCCAUUGUUCAUCUUACAGGGAACUCAUUUCAGUCUGCUUCUCCCUGGCUCUGCACCAUUUGUAGAUCACACUACACAGAAUGAAGUAAGGUGAUAACUCACCAGCACUAUUCAGCCCCCCCAGGCUUUGGUCCUGAACAUUUCCCUUGGUGACUUUGUCAAUAAAGCUUCAAAAUGGAUCCUGAGUCAGUUUAAAGCACUUGCUCACAGAUGUGUGUCUGUGUGUGCAUGUGGCAUGCGUGUCUGCGUGUGCAUGUGGUGUAUUUGCAUGUAGUAUAGAGAUGUGGCAUGUGCGUACCCACAUGUAACUCUUACCACACACACAUGGUGGAGCAGGAAGUCCCCUUUCACUAGUAGCAUACAUCGCAAAAACGACUAUUGCAACUAGCACUAAUUUGCUUGUGUUGGGCCCUGACUCCUUUCAUACACUUUCUUCCUUUGGAAUGUGACUGAUGCAUGAAAAGCUUGUCUUCACGUACAGCGCUAGAGCUGCAUCGUUGUAGCGUUUUAGUGAAGACGCUCCUAAAUCGAUGUGAGAGCGUCUCCUGUCAGCAAGGUUAAUCCACCUCCCCAAGAAGCAGUAGCUGUGUCGAUGGGAGACGCUCUCCCAUCGACACAGUGCUGUCUAUCUGGGUAGAUUAGGUUGAUAUAACUACAUCACUCAGAAGUUGGUGGAUUUUUCACACCCCUGAGUGAUGUAGUUAUACCGAUAAAAGUCUAUAGUGUAGACCUGGCCUAAGGCCAUUUAAGUUGACUUACGUGUUGUCGAUGAUCAUAAGCCACUUUAAUUACAUUGGUUGUGCACGUCCACACAACGCUCCUUGUGUUGGUGGAGUGCGUCCAUAGUCAUUGCUCUUGCAUCAACAGAGAGAGUGUUGUAUCAUGGGUAGCUAUCCCACUAUGCAAUUCACCACCCUCUGCCACUGAGACCUCUGGGAACAGAUCGCAGUGUAUCAUGGGGGCAUGCUCACCAUCCCAUGAUGUAUUUCUUUCCUCCCAUCAUUCCAUGGGCUUCUGAUUUCAUUUUUCACCAGCCCUUGUAAACUAUGUGCCUGCCAUCUCUGCCUGAAAGCAAAGAAGUCUGGUGAUGAUCGUUAUGAACACAAUGUGGCUGGUCCUGCAGUAUUUCAUGAGCUGUAAAACAGAAAGUGAAUCAGAAACAUUACUGGGGUCUAUAUAGGGAUCAGUACUGGGACCAGUCCAGGGAUCAGUGCUUUGGCCUGUAUUGGGUCCAGUACUGGGAUCUAUUCUGGGAUCAGUGCUGGGACCAAUACUGGAAAAAGUACUGGGAGUAGUACUGGAGUCUGUACUGGGACCAGUCAUAGGACCAGUACUGGUGUCUGAACUGGGACCAGUACUGGGUUCUGUACUGAGACAAGUCAUGGGACCAGUACUGUGGUGUGUAUUGAGACCUUCACUGUUGUCUGUACUGGUCCCAGUAAUGGGACAAGCAAGUCAUUAACCUGUAUUAGACCAAAGUAUUACAGUCCUCUGGAGACUAAGCUAUUGUGUCAGAGGCAAAGAACAGGCGGGACCGAGAUCUCCCAAUCUCUGAGGCCCCUGCAGUGGCAGGGCAUUGAUUCAAUGAGAUACUUAAGGCACAGACUAGAAAUUUUCCAAUGGAACGUUUAUCCAUCAUUUGAAUGCCAAUUCAUCGAAAGCAAAACAUGGCAAUCUUGAUGACAUUUCAUUUAGAAAGUCACCAUGUUUCGAUCUUCUGUUUCACCAGGACAUUUCAUUUCAAUGCUUGUAUUUUAUGUUAUCUAAUAAA